UCCAGAAAAACAACCUAUAUCCUAUCAUUUCCAUCGUCUACCGCGACAUGACGACCGGAAUUUAAAAUUACGUCUUCAUGCGUCAAAAUUUAGUUGCCCCCAUCCAGGUCUUUUUUGAGCAGCACUAUGCCAGAACAAAGCAAUGAUUACCGGGUGGUUGUAUUUGGAGCCGGUGGAGUGGGCAAAAGCUCCUUGGUCCUGCGCUUCGUGAAGGGAACCUUUCGCGAGAGCUACAUCCCCACUAUCGAGGACACCUACAGGCAGGUGAUCAGCUGCGACAAGAGCAUCUGCACGCUGCAGAUCACAGACACCACGGGCAGUCACCAGUUUCCCGCCAUGCAGCGUCUGUCCAUCACCAAAGGCCACGCCUUCAUCUUAGUGUACUCCAUCACCAGCAAACAGUCUCUGGAGGAGCUCAAGCCCAUCUUCGAGCAGAUCUGCCUGAUUAAGGGGGACAUCGAGAGCAUCCCAAUCAUGCUAGUGGGCAACAAGAACGACGAGAUGAACGCUCGUGAAGUGGAGAGCAGUGACGGCGAGGCCAUGGCCAAGAGGUGGAAGUGUGCCUUCAUGGAGACGUCAGCUAAGACAAAUCACAACGUUAAGGAGCUGUUUCAAGAGCUGCUAAAUUUGGAGAAACGCAGGACUGUAAGCCUUCAGAUCGACGGCAAGAAGAGCAAGCAGCAAAAACGAGCCGAGAAGCUUAAAGGCAAAUGUGUGGUCAUGUGAAAAACCGAAGUGUGCUUGGAAAACCAAACCGGUUUCACUUUCAGGACAUUGAUGCUCUGGGGUGCGUUUCCCAAAA